AUGACGCUGAGGAGUCGGCUCAGAUCGUUGGAACAGACGAUACGGCUGAAGGGCGACGAGGCCCGGCACGAGCAGACGGAUGCAUGGAGUAAUCGCGAUAUAAUCCCUCUCCCACCCUCGCGGAGAACAUGGGGCUGGUUUAACUUCUUCGGUUUUUGGUCGAUUGGGAGUCUGAACCUGGCGAAUUGGCAGGGCCCGAGCAUUUAUCUGACGCAGGGGCUCUCCGUCAGACAGGCCAUGUUCAUCCUCAUCGUCGGUCGACUACUGAUCUCUGCCUUCUCUGCACUGAUAGCUUGGUGCGGCCUUGAAUGGCACAUUGGCUUCACGGUCCAGAACCGCUAUAGCUGGGGCAUGAGAGCCAGUUAUGUGCCGUUGCUCCAACGCAUCUUGCUUAAUUUUGUCUGGAAUGCUAUACAAUGCUGGACCGGGGGCAGGCUGAUUGCUGUUUGCAUCACGGCCAUCUGGCCCUCGUUUGCCCGGAUCCCAAAUACUUUUGGACCCAAUAUGCCCACCACUACACACGAGUUUGUCGGAUUUGUCGUCUUUUGGUUCUUCUCGACGCCGUUUCUUUGGCUACGUCCGGAGAAGUUCAAGAUGCCGUUUCUUAUGGUAUGCACCUGGUGUGGCAUCGGAAUGCUCAGCUGGAUGACAUGGUCCGUCGUCGCAGCUGGCGGUGUUGGCCCGUUGUGGCACCAAGGCCAGAGGAUCCCCGAGGACUCUCAGUGGAGCGCGUCCUGGCUGAUGGUGGCCGGCAUCAACCAGAUGGUCGGAGCUAUCGCCGCAGGCAUUACCAAUGGGUCCGACUUCUCGCGAUAUGCGCGAGCUCCAAAGGACUACGUCGUCGGGACAGUGUCCAGUUGCAUCAUCACGGGCGUCCUCGUCUCCCUCUCCGGCCUUGUCACGGUAUCUGCAUCGCAGAAGCUCUACCACAAAGUGUACUGGAACCCGCCCGAUCUCCUCAUGGUGAUGAUGGACUCGGGCAACGGCCCCUGGACCUCGCGAGCAGCCGUAUUCUUGCUCUCCGCCGGUUUCGCCUUCACCGCCAUGUUCGAGAACAUCUGCGGCAACGCCGUAGCGGGCGGCAUCGACCUCGCCGGCGUCUUCCCCCGCUACAUCGACAUCCGGCGCGGCGCCAUCAUCACCUUCGUCGCGGCGUGGGUCGUCCAGCCGUGGCAGCUCAUCAACCGCGCGCAGACCUUCAUCUCGGUCCUGUCUUCCUUCAGCGUCUUCCUGGCUCCCAUCAUGGGCAUCAUGGCCUGCGACUACUACGUCUUAAGGAAGCGGCGGCUGCGGUUGAGUCACCUGUACAACCCGCAGGGCUCGUACUAUUGGUUCUGGCACGGUAUCAAUUGGCGGACGCCUGUUGCGUGGUCGUUGGGCUGGGCGCCUACUAUCGGCGGGUUGAUUGUGACGGUUCGGCAGGAUGCAGAUCCACCGCGGUUACUGGUUCAACUGUACUACACUGCGUUCGUCGUGGGCUUCUUCACCAGUGCUUUUGCUUUCUAUGCGCUCAAUGUCUUGUUCACCGCGGCCCUGCAACUGGACCAGUACGACGACGUCGAUGUUUAUGGGACGUUUACGGCCGAGGAGGCGAAGAAGUUGGGUAUUACUUCCGUAGAGGAUGCGGCGGUUGUGGGGCUCAGAGCGGCGGUGGAAGGUGCCGCUACGUAUGGUUCAAUUGAGGGGGUGGAUAGGAAGAGAAUUGGUUCGACGCGGUGA